UGACAGAUCUCAUAAAUAUAUUGUUCAUGUUGCAAGCUUCCUAACAUCCUGUAAAAUUUAUUUGAAAAUAAGUCCAUCAGUGCAUUGUUCCCAGGGUUAAAUAAAUAUAUUUAAACGUGUAUUGAAAUAGCCUAUGAUAAACCGAAACUUUCCGUACUAAAUUAACAUGACAUUUCUGCUGACUUACCAUGCAGUUGGAUAGCUGAUGAGUACUGUUUUAUGGCCUCCCAAUUGCUACAUCAAAUACAUAGUAGAAAUAGCAUUAAAGGGAUUUAAAACAUCCCUAAAUUGAGCCACACUAAAUCGUCUCCAGGAGCUAGAAGCUGAACCAAAUUGACCUACUUUAUACAAUUUAUUUUGCAAUGUUUGGUUGGUGAAACUAUUAUACUAUUCAAAUUAGUGCUACAUCCAUAGAACUCAUUAAACAGUAUGAUAUACUAAUGCAUUAACAUGGAAUUCUGGAAAGACAAUCACAACAUUGAAUUUCAAGAGUUUAUAGACAGCCCUAAUUUAUCAUCCGCAUCUAGAGAAGGUUCUGAUUCGGAGUUAGAUCGAGUAGUGCAGCCUGUAAUCAAUAAACAAGAUUAUUCUUCUGGAUCCAAUAGCGACCUUAUUCCUAAUGGUCAAGUAACUAAUGAUGUUGAUAUUAAACCUAUCAAACAAUUCUUGCCUCAAAGUUUUGCUAAAACAUUAAUAAAGAUCCAUUCAAUUAAGACAAGCAAUGAGAAAGGACAGAGUGAGAAUUUUCAUGAAAAUGAAAUGGUACAUAGCUCAGAAGAAGAAACUCAAACCGCAAUUCAGAACUUGGGAACCUUAAAAAAAAUUGGAUUAUCCGUUGACCUUCCUCCAUCUCAGGAUGCUUCAUUUACUUCUGAUGUAUCUUUCCUUACUGUUAAUCAGGUACCAAGUGGAUCUCCGGCGUCAACGUCGUUCAUCUCUGAAGAAGAUAUUUUAUUUAAAAAAAGAGAAAUAAAAUGCAAGAAUAUUAGGAGAAGUGAAAUUUCAAUUAAGAGGUCAGUAUCUCCCGAGAAGAGGGAAGGUAGGCAAGAUAAAAGCGAAGAGAGACAUGCAGAAGAGAAAGCAAAAAAGGAUAAAUAUCCAAAAGACUGGCUGGAGUAUAAAGAAAUGAAGUUAAAUACGAAACGACAUGCGUUGCUAAAGUCUAAGGUACUCAAAGGUUCUGAAGUCAGAAAGUUUGACUUCAAGAGGUAUUUCAACUUUGACAAGCCCCCACUGCAAGCAGAACACCAUAGAUACCAGAAUACCAAAGGGAAUUUUGAAAUGUUGCCUUUUCAAUACCUGAGGUACACUGCCGCAAAACCUCAAUUAAUUUACAGCACAAACCAUAUGCAGACUUCACCAACACCUCUUAACAGGGAACAAAUUUUCGCCAUAAUACCAAAAGAGCGAAAAUUGAUCAUUGAAAAGCUUUGGAAAUAUUCACGUGUGGAACCGUUAAGUGAACCGAAGACGGUCAGAGCUUGGUUCCCCAAAAAGUGGAAAAGCUUAGGCACCUCGGAGGCCAAACUUCUUGAAAACUCUGUUGGACUCUCCUUUUUGCAAGGAUACUCGGAUGAUGAAGAAACUCAUACUGAAGAACCUCCUCUAACCGUUGCAGAUAUUGCUGAAGAGCCACAACCCCUGUUGGAAAACACCCCAGACAAUUUGGAAGGCAUAUUAACUUUAAAAAGUAAAACCAUAUGGGAGCCUUGCGACCAGCCUUUUACUGCAAAUAUUAAAUCAAGAUGGGAUUCUGCACAAGAUGGAAACCAUCAAAGUGAAGACAUUAACACUCCUCCACUUGUAAAACCCGAACAGAAUGAUAAAGAAGAGGGCGAGGUUUCAGAAAAUGAAUACACUCCUCAAACUCCGGAAUUACCUAAGGAGCCUCCUGAAGAAGUUGUAAAAGAAGUGACUCUACCUUCAGAUGAUAUUGAUGUGGAGGAGUAUGAGAGGACCAAGAAAGAGCUACUGAAGCUGGAGGAAGUGUUGAAAUCUUCAAAAAGUUACUUGGAAGAGCUCCAAGCCGAAGAGAGUGAAAAACCUGCGGACAAAAAAAAGCAGAAAAAGAAGAAACGUAAAAAGUUGGCGGUAGUAAAGGUGUCCAAAGCAAAAGACUCGAAAAAGAAGUUAAAAAAGAGGAAAAAGAAAAAGGAUGACUUUGUAAAUUCGGAAACGGGUACUGAAGAAGAAACUUCUAAAAAGAAAAAGAGGAAGAAGCCGGAAAAACAUAAGGUGGUAAAAAGCAAACCGAAAAAGAAGAGGAAAAACUCAAAAUCCGACUCUGAUUCCAAAGAAAAGCGAAAAAAGAAAAAGAAACAAACAACCGAAAAGAGUCGUAGACGUACAAUCAGCUACGAUUCCGAUUUAAAAGAACAUAAACCUGAAGAGGACUAUGAGGAUGAUAUUAAAUUUUUCGCCGAAAGGCUCAUUGCAGAACGGGAGCUUAAGGGAAAAUCGAAACACAAGACCAAAGGAAUCCAUAUUUCACUGGAUGAACUGACCGUGCCAAAAACCGAAGAAAAAGCCUCUAAAAGGAAAUUAAGCGAGUCGGAUGAAGUUCGAAGCAAGAGUAAAGAUAAUGAGAGCAAGAAGGAGGAGGUAAAAGUCGACCUGCUAAAAAUGAACGAGGAAUAUUUAAGAGAGCAAAAGAAGAAAGAGGAAUACACCCCGAAAAGGAAAACUCGUGACAGUAGAUCGUUAUCGUUAGAAAACUGUAAAAUAAAGUCAAAACCUGAUAAGGAGCAUAUUUCGGAAGCCUUGCAUAAACCUGACGAGUGUAUAGAACCUGCAAAAAUUGUAGAGGAAGUUCAGCCCGAUUGGGCACGACUAAAAGAAAAAAGGAAGCGCACAAGAGUCGACAGUAACAAUCAAGAAACUACUGAAAAAAAGGCCAAAGAGGUCGAAGAACUUUUGGAUAUAGUAUUUCCCGAACAAAUCAAGCAAGAAAAACUGCUUAGCCAAAAAUCAAAUUCCUGGGAAGAGUCUGAUGAGGACCAGAUUGAACUGGAGCAAGGUUCCUCACCCAAUCUAGAGAUUCCCCUUCACAUCCAACAUGUGCCAAGGAAAGAGAUCAAAAUCGAAAAGGAUGUGUUUGAUAUUGAAGAACCACCUGGCAAAGCUAACGCCGAUGAAAAGACUGUGAACCGCGAGGAACAACCAGAUUUACGUUUGCACUUGCUGGAAAUAAAAUCGCGAAAAAGUGAAGCAAUCGGACUUGACGUGAACGCGCUCACGCCAACGAAAAAGAAGAGGCGCUGGGACAUACAGGUGUCGCCAGUCAUUUUACCAGAAUCGUCUAAAGAUAUUGUUACUUUAGAGGACGAGUAUGAAGAGUUCAUCAAAGCUGUCGCGGUGAAAAACGAGGAAGAAACCAAUAAUGCCAAAGUAGUAGUUGCUGAUAGCAACUCAGAUUCUUCGUUAACACUUCUGGAAGAAUCGCCAGCAAGCAAGCCUGUUAAAGAUGUCGCGUCAGUUGUUUUAGAUGGGGAUAAAAUUGAGGUUAUGUUUGAGCCUAAACCGGAGGCGGAACCUGCCCUAAAAAGUGAGAAAAUUCAGCUCGUUCCUAUUUCACCUUCGACAUUAAAAAGCCAAGAAGUUGGGCUUGUUUCGGGACAAAAUUCUUAUACUGACCAAGCGACGCUUGGUCCUGUGCCAUCUCCGAAGGCAGAUACCCUGGUUGAAAUCACAACUGUUCCAGAAGUUUUACCCAUCAUUUCACCACUAAAAAGCGUUCCUGUGGCUUUUAAACCGAUCCCAAUCCCUUCUCCUAAAGUUGAACCGCCACCGCCACCACCACCUCCAUUAAAAACUGACGAAUUUAAGCCUGCCCCAGUACCUUCGCCCAAAUUGGAGGCCGUGUUAGAAUUGAACAAACCUUUGAUAAACCUCAGCUUAUCGGCCAACGUGACCCAAAACAUUACAUUCAGUUUGGCCACCAGUAUGCCCAGCAUAUCCGCCCCAAUUACCUCAACCAUCGACGUCUCCAAACCUAAAGUGGAGAUUUCUACUUUGCCUACUGAGACUUACUACUUUACUCCGGAAAUAUUUCAACUUCCUCCACCUCCUCCCCCGCCACCAGAAGAGCCUAACGCAAAAGUGACGUUUACAUCACUCGCUCUACCAUCUAAAAAACUUCUGGACAACUCACAGUUGAACUUGGACGACUCCGAUGGAGACGAUACGAAACUGUUAGAGGAAGAAAAGAGGAAACGAUUAGAGGCACUGAUAGAGGAUAAUCAGCGGGAGACUCAUAAAGAAAAAGCCCGUAUGGAUGCUAUUAUAAAUAAAUUACAAGAAAUAUCCAGAGAUGGAACUCGGAGAUCUAGCCCGCCUCGUAGGGCUUCGACCAGUACGCGUCGUAGAGAUCCCUCUCCUAAAAGGGGCAAAAAGGGGCGCAGAGAGUCUCCGGCGAGGCGUAGGGGAGGCUCCUCUCCAAGACGAAGGUCUCCUGCUGUAAGAAAUCGAUCGCCGAGAAGAUCGUCACCUAGAAGACGAAGCCCGGUAAGAAGAAGAAGAAGAUCCUCUGCAAGAAGAAGCGUUUCCCCUAAAAGGCGACGAAGCACUUCAUCUCCUAGAAAGAGACGCAGUCCUUCGCCAAAAAGGAAACGCAGUCAGUCACCUAAAAAGAGUAAACAACGUCCCGAAGUUCCUGAUAAAGUGAAACACGAAGUCGCCAAAAAUCCAAGAGACUUAUCUCCUUUGCAGAGGAACCUACCGGAUUCGACUAUAAGUGACGAUCAGCUGUCGCGCUUGAGUUUUCCUGGGCACGAGUUUCUAAGUAAUCAGCCUCCCAAAUCCCCCAAACGGGUGUCACUGGACGUACGUAUAAGUCAAGUUUUGGGGCAACAUAACGAGCCACGUCACCAGUGCUCUCCCAAGCCCAUAAGCACCAUAACGACCUCUUUUUACCAUAAUAACGAAAAUUUUCAUCAAGGGGGACCAUCUUCGGCAGAAAGUCCUUCGAAGAGGAAUAUCCCACCUACAUUGAGAACAGUAGAGAAUCAGGGUAUGUACAGACAAGUGGGGAAUAUUAUGCAGAUCGUGCCCAUAGAUCAGGAGAAUAUUAAUGAAAUUCCCAUUCCGAGUUGCUCGGGGAAGAACGAAGGGUUUAGGGAGCAGUACCAGAACUUUGACAAUUUGAAGUCUCAAUUUUCACAUACGCAAGACCCCAGGCCCCAAAUCGUUCAAGUAGGCAACGUCCUGGAGGUAGUGCCUACAGAAAUAACAGGUCCCUCACUUUUACAACAGAUAAAGACGGAAAUAACGGACGAAACUUGGAAUGAACAGCAGGUCUCUCAGGAAAAACCGUCGGCGGAGGCAUCGAUGUUGCAAAAAGAAGCGGAACGAAGAGAGCAGCGAGAAAAGAGGCGACUGGAACGAGAAAAACGACGUGUUGAAAAGGAGAAGCGGCGACAAGAGAAGGAGAAAAUUAAGCAAGCCCGAACCGAGGAUUUGAUUAGGAAAGCGUUGGAAGAGGAGGAAGAAGAAAACGAACGCGCCGAUCUGUUGAAGAGCGAUAUCGUUCAGUGGCCCCCUCUACCGUUGAUGCCACAUAACGCGGUUAACAAGGAGGUCAGAAAGAGUAUUUUGAUGAAUCGCGGAAACAGGUUUAAUGAAAUCUCGCCUAUAGAGGAUAAAGUUCGAAAAGUGGUACAAUUCGCGGACGGCGUGAAGCCUGGUUACGGCACCUCACCGUCCGCCGGUGAGGAGUUAUCGUCGCCGCCUCCUCCCAAGCGGAAACUGCCCAAAGAGAAGCGGUACAAGAAACUGAAGUUCAAUAAGAAGUCUUUAAAGAAGAAAAAGGUAAAGGUAAAAGUGUUAAAAAAAUCGUUGGAGGAGAGUGAUUCGGACGAUAAUUUACCGCCCCCGUCGCCGCCUCCCGGAUCUCCACCGCCCCACAUAUUUCCGCCGAGGGUUAAACAUAACGUUAUCAAUAACGUGCCUACUGCUUAUUUGGCUUCAAUUAUGCAGACUGUGCAGCAACUUCAAACACCGUCACCUUCGCAAUUGAACAUGUACAGGACGCAGCCGCCACCCGUGAACCUCCUGAUGCCGCCCCCGCCGCUGUCUCACGUUCAAAGUCCGAACGUGCCGCCCCCGCACCUGCCGCCGCCACCUCACGUACCAACCUCACACCACCAAAGUCCCCACGGGACUCCGUUACAUACUGCCCAGUCACCCCAGGGACCUUAUCCCCAUCAUAUGGGGUUACCGCCGAUCCCGUCACCUGGUUUACAAGGGUCUACUGUAAAAACGUCUCGAUGGAGUUCUGAUAAUACCAAAUGGUAAUUAUGGUUGACUUUGAAUCGUUAUAAGAUUGUGUGACUAUGUAAAUUGUAUUGUGGUAUCAAACUGCUCAUUGGUUGAACUGCAAAAAAAGUCUCUUUUAAGCAUUCUCUGCCCAAGACAGUCAUAUGAAAAUGGCAAUCUAUCAAUUAAUAGUAAUAUUGUAUUGUUUUUUUUUUAAGAUGAAGGUGACAAACAUAUAGUAAUUUUUAUCAACAACAUAACAUUACUGUAAGUUAGUUUUUAAGAAUAUUUUUCCUGUACAAAGAGUCUUUAUCGGUAAUUUUAGAGACUGAAAGCUACAUAUUUGUGCGUUUAAGAUUUUGUAUAAUAUAAGAACAGAUAGACCUUUAAAAUUGUAUGAGGAUUAUUCUUGUUAAUAAACUAAACGCUAAUGAGUAAUUGUAUAGACAAACUUGUUAUUCUUUUACGGAAAAUAUUCCCAUGAUAAUUAAAAUUAAGCUAUGAAAACUUUCUAGUAAAUUUUCCUUAAAGAUUUGAAGUGUAACUGGUUAAAUGUCUUUAAUAAGUUAUUUGAUUUUAGUACACUUGUGGUGUGAAAACCUCAAUACAUAAGUCAAUAUAAUUCUUGGCAGAUCAAGUUUUAUUAUAGAACUUAAACACCUUCAAAUGACGGUUUGAUUUUCAAAACGGUGAAAUUUGGUAUGUAGGUUAACCAUGAAAUGGUUAUAUCAAAUUUCUAAUUAAACUCACACAUAAUUUUCUCAAAAGGUCAAAAUUUUUGGUUAAAAUCAAUGAAAACAUUUUUUCAGAUAUGUUAGUGAGAAUAUUAGUCUCUAUAUAUCAACACUUUUCUUUAUAUGCCAGGAAUAAUCAAAUAAUACUACUUGUGAACAUUAUUCACAAAUAGCACUAUAUGUCGAUGACACUUAUAAGAUUAACCAGUGCAACGGUUAGUUUUGUUUGAAUUCAUAGUUUAAUCUUAAAAAUCAUUGUGAACUUAUGAUUUAAUUUAUGAAUCACGCCCAGUCUCCUAAUAUCUCUUUACUGAAGUUCUAUGAUACUUAGUUUCGAGAUAUGACGAGUUCUUACCUGUAUAUAGAACCUACUACUGGUUAUCAUUUAUUGGAUUUCGAAAACUAUCGUUUGUACAUAAAAGUGUUAUUAUGUAUUUAGUUCUGAUACACACUUAUUGUUUUCGUGUUACGAUUUUUUACGCGCUUUUAAUUUGUAUCGCUUUGUCUACCUACUGACAAAAAACUACUUAUUUACAAUUAAAGUUGGGAUUUACUAUGAA